UAAAUAAAAUGGAAAACUCGUCAAGAAUGCAGUUGCAAUAAAAUUCAAAAAUGCGUGGCGUGCUAAAAUGGUUGGAACGCAUCGAAUUUCCGAAUGCAAAGGAUGAGAACACUAGUGUACACUCCGUUUGCUAUGCACCUGAUGGCAGCCAGUUGGUAGUGGCGGCAGGUGAACGUUUGCUCAUCUAUAAUCCCCACGAUGGUUCGCUACUGAACACUUUAAAGGCGCACAAGGAUAUUGUGAACUCGGUGGUUUAUUCUCGGGAUGGAAAACGUUUUGCCAGUGGAGCCGCUGAUAAAAUCGUCAUUGUGUGGUCACCACAACUGGAGGGACUGCUCAAGUAUUCUCAUGGGGACUCCAUACAGUGCAUGUGCUUCAAUCCCGUCUCUCAUCACUUGGCAUCCUGUUCCACUUCGGAUUUUGCAUUUUGGUCCGCAGACCAGAAGGCUGUGCAAAAGUAUAAGAUUGGAUCGCGUGUGAAUGGCUGUGCAUGGACAAAUGAUGGUCAAUAUUUGAUACUUGGCCUGGCAAAUGGCUCCAUCUCCAUACGCAAUAAAUUGGGCGAAGAGAAGAGCCGCAUUGAUCGUCCAGGUGGACCAAGCAGCUCCGUGUUUAGUGUGCAAUGUUGUCCUGCAAAUGGCGCUGGAGCUGUGGACACCAUUGCCAUUGCCGACUGGAGUCAGACGCUGUCGUUUCACACUCUCAGCGGGCAAAUGAUUGGCAAAGAGCGUCCCCUCGGAUUCGAUCCUCUCUGCAUGCAGUACUUUCCCAAUGGAGAGUUCUGUGUAGUUGGCGGCUGCACGGGAAGCUUGCAGUUCUUCACUCGGGAUGGAGUACGUCUCGGUACACUGGGCGAUGGCUUUGAUUCUUGGAUUUGGUCGGUUGCUAUACAUCCAAAUGGGCAAUCCUAUACCAUUGGCUGCCAGGACGGCACUCUAGCCUGUUUCAACAUUGCGUCCAGCACUGUGCAUGCUCUGUAUCGGGAACGUUAUGCAUUUCGUGAGAAUAUGUGCGAUGUCAUCAUUCAGCACUUGAUGUCUGGUCAAAAGGUGCGCAUCAAGUGUCGUGAUCUGGUCCAGAAAAUAGCCAUCUAUAGGAAUCGUCUGGCCGUGCAGCUGCCGGAACGUGUUGUGCUCUAUGAACUAAGCUCGACGGAAAAUCAACCAAUGCACUACAAAGUCAAGGAGAAGAUUCAGCAAAAGUUCGAUUGCAGUUUGUUGGUUGUUUGUGGCAUGAACAUUGUGCUCUGUCAGGAGAAGCGACUGCAGUGUCUGGACUUUAACGGUGCCUUACAGCGUGAAUGGAUCAUGGACUCAUUUAUUCGCUACAUUAAAGUAACUGGCGGUCCGCCCGGUCGAGAGGGACUCAUGGUUGGCCUAAAGAACGGUCAGGUGUUUCGCAUAUUCCUCAACAAUUCCUUGCCGCUGCUCAUCACGACGGCGGUGUCAGCGGUACGUUGUUUGGACAUCAAUGCGAAUCGCAGCAAGAUUGCCGUCGUUGAUGAUGCAGGACGUCUGAUGGUGCGGGAUUUGCUAAAUGAUACCAUACUCUAUCAGGAUGCGGGCGUAAAUAGCGUCACCUGGAACACACAUCUCGAUACCAUGCUGUGUUAUACACACAGCAGCGGUGGGUUAAGCGUACGCGUUGGCAACUUACCGCCAAGAGCACCACAGAACAUGCAUGGUGUGGUUGUUGGUCUUUGUGGCGCCACUGCCUUCUGUUUACGUGGCAACAUUAUGCACAACACGCCGCUGGCUCUAGGUGCCACCAUGUGGCAGUUCAUUGAAGCGGGCUUGUUUGACGAGGCCUACCAGGUGGCUUGUCUUGGUGUCACCAUCAGCGACUGGGAGGGAUUAGCGCAGUCUGCCUUAGAAGCACUUCACAUCAAUAUAGCACGGGAUGCCUACGUCAAAGUGCGGAAUUUGCCUUGGUUGCAGGUCAUCAGCGAGCUGCGUGAGCAGCAGCAACGUGCCACAGUACCCAAGGAAGUGCUGCUGGGCGAGAGUUGCGCCUUUGCGGGCAAAUUCAAGGAAGCAGCACGAUUGUUUCUUAAAUGUGGACAGUCCACACGUGCGCUUGAAAUGUACACGGAUCUGCGUAUGUUUGAUCUAGCACAGGAAUAUCUUAAAGAUGGCAGCGAGCUGGAGAAACGUGAUCUGGUGCGCAAGCGUGCCGAAUGGGCGUACUCUGUGAAGGAACCACGUGCGGCGGCUGAGCUACUGCUUUCGGCCGGGGAACAUCAGAAAGCCAUUGACAUAGUCGCCGAGCAAGGCUGGGCGGACGUUCUUUAUGAUAUUGGAAGGCGUCUAAGCUUGAGCGAACGCGAUGCUUUGCAAUCGGUGGCUCAGAAUCUAAAAUCUUUAAAGGCUUUGCCUUUAGCUGCCGAAAUGUUUAAGAAGCUGGGCGAUGAGGCUCAGGUGGUGCAGCUGCAUGUCGAGGUGCAGGAUUGGUCAGAGGCCUUUCGUUUGGCCGAAGCCUUGCCAGAACUGCUGCCCACGGUGCAUUUUCAGCAUGCACAGUGGCUGGCAGAAACGGAUCAGUUUAUUGACGCGCAUCAGGCAUAUUUAAAAGCUGGUCGCACAAAGGAUGCAAAUCGUUUGCUGAAGCAGUUGAGCAACACGGCAAUUAUUGAGGAACGUUAUCUGGAUGCCAGCUAUUUUUACUGGCUGCUGGCUAAACAGUAUUUAGAUAUUUAUCAUGAGAAACCGGAACAAAAUGCCAUUGAUCAUCACCUAAACGAGUACAAAAACCAUUUGCGCAUUGCAAAGGUCUAUUAUGCCUACAGCGUUAUUUACAACUAUAUGAAGGAACCCUUUACCACACACUCUCCCGUAAGCCUCUUCAAUGUGAGCCGUUUCAUUUUCAAUGAAGUGGAGAACAAGGGAGCGCCAAAGGGCGUCAGCAUGUUCUCGGUACUUUUUACGCUGGCGAAACAGGCCAAAUUACUGCAGGCCAACAAAUUGUGUCUGCUGGUUAAUAAGCGACUGCAAUCCCUCAAACCUCCAGCUGGAGUUCAAGAACAAAUAGAUCUAAAUUUCCUUAAUAGCAAGGCUUGUAAGAGCGGUUUCAAUGAUCCUGAGGAGCUGCUGCCCUUGUGCUACAAGUGCUCUAACUACAGUCAGCAUUUGAAUAAUAAUAACUGUCCCACCUGCAGACAGGAUUACAUAUUUUCAUUUGUUUCUUUUGAAAUAUUGCCGUUAGUACAAUUCUAUCCAGAGGUGGACAUAUCCGAUGCAGAGGCGGAACGUUUGCUCUUGGCACCUGCUAAAAACGCCGAGGAUGCGGAUCCAUUUAAUGAAGAUGUUGCCAGUGCCUUGCCUUUAAGUUUGGAUCGCAAUGCUCUGCGCGCCAUAGAUCCUAAUCAUGUGUUGAUACUCAAGCGACCGGAUAAACAAAUACGCAACAUUUACUAUCGCAAUAUUUUGCCCGAUCUACAGGUUACCUACUGUUCCGAGUGUUUGCUGCUCUUUUAUGCGGAGGACUUUGAGCUGCAGGUUCUUCAGAAGGGUCAUUGCCCUUUCUGUCGCACCUCUUCGGACAAGUUGCUGGAAGACUUUUGAAUAUCACAUCAUGUUUAUCAUUAUACAUUUGUAUUUACAUAAAAAAGUCAUGAGCGCUUUUUAGAUGUUUUGCCAGUUCCGUCUA